GCCUCAUGUCUGACCCUGGUGUUUUCCUCCACAUGGCUCUGCAUGGCGUGCGGCCCUCUCCCCAGGAAACUCUCUCGACCCAGAGCAAUUCUUUGCUGUUUCAAGGAAGCAAACGGGAUGAAAGUCCAGGGUUGGAACUUCCUCCCAGUUGUGUUUGACAAGGACUGACGUACUCUAGGCCCACUGGCCCUUUGAAAUCCGAAGUCCAAGACACACCCAACCUUGACUGCCAAGUCCAGAGCGCUGGAGCCGAAGGUAAAAGGGCAGAAGCAAACACCAUUGCAACAUGAGGGACCCACUGUCAGAGUGUUCGGUAGGAACCUGGAUGAGGACAUCGCUUUAGCUCCUUCCUCCGUUUGAUACUCUGCUAGCACUGUACAUCAGAAAGAUUGUCAGGGCCCACAAGGCGUUCAUCUAUGCAACCAGGCCUGCUGCAAGGAAGGCACUCAGUAAGUUAUAAUAAAGUGUACAAGAACCUAAAGGAGUUUUCUCAAAAUGGAGAGAAUUUCUGCAAGCAAGUCACAUCCAUUCUUCAGCAAAGGGCCAACCUGGAGAUUAGCUAUGCCAAAGGACUUCAGAAACUGGCAAUUAAGCUGAGCAAAGCAUUACAGAGUACAAAGAAAAACUGUCUCGGCAGUGCCUGGGCCUGGGCCUCGGAGGGCAUGAAGGCCACAGCGGAUCUGCAUCAAAAACUCGGCAAAGCAAUUCAGUUGGAAGCAAUAAAACCAACUCAUCAAGUCCUGACUGCACAAGAGAAGAAGAGAAAAUCACUUGAUAAUGAAGUUGAAAAGACAGCAAAUCUUGUCAUUAGCAACUGGAAUCAGCAAAUAAAGGCCAAGAAAAAAUUAAUGAUGAGUACCAAGAAGCAUGAAGCACUUUUCCAUCUUGUAGAAAGCUCCAAGCAAUCUGUGACUAAGAAGGAAAGGCAGAAGCUCCUCAAUAAACUGGAAAAAUCUGCUGAGAAGUUGGCAAAGGAAGACGAAAAUUACUAUCAAAAAAACAUGACUGGCUAUUCUACCAGACUGAAAUGGGAAAACACACUAGAAAACUGUUACCAGAGCAUUCUGGAGCUGGAAAAGGAAAGAAUUCAACUUUUAUGCAAUAACUUAAACCAAUACAACCACCAUAUUUCUGGUUUUGGUCAAGCAUUGACCACAUGCCACAUCCAGAUUCAUUGUGCCAUCAGCAAGAUAGACAUCGAAAAAGAUAUCCAGUCUUUAAUGGAAGAAACUGCAAUUUCAUCUACAGAAAAAAAAUCUGAGUUCCUCUUAACUGAUUACUUUGAGGAAGAGUCUAACACUGCAAUGGAUAAAGAAAGACGAAAAUCUUCAAUAAAAUCAAAAUUGGUGAGACUGCAAAGAGAUAUUGAAAAAGCCUCCAGAGACAAGGAAGGCCUGGAUCGAAUGCUUAACACAUACUCCAGCUGCUCCUCAUUCUCCGAUGCAAAACGACAGAAAGACAUGGCAGUGCUAAUGGAAGAGACCAGCUUGAGACUAGAUCUUUUGCAAGCAAACUUCUAUAAACUGUCAUCAGUAUUAGCAGAACUGGAGCAAAGACCUAAACCCAGUCAUCCCUGUAGCAUCUGCAUCUUCAAGUGGAAAGAAAAGGAACAGACACAUACUUAUGUAAAACUAUCUCGGCCUUUCAUGAAGAAGAGAUUAGAAAAUGUUCUAAGCAAGACAACUGGCGGGCAGAGCAAUCCAAGUUCUUCAUCUUUAGCCUCCGGUGUGGUCCAACUUGGCAAUAGUCUUUGCAAGGCCUUAUAUUCUUUUCAAGCCAGGCAAGAUGAUGAAUUGAAUUUGGAAAAAGGUGACAUUGUGACUAUACAUGAGAAAAAAGGAGAAGGAUGGUGGUUUGGAUCUUUAAAUGGAAAGAGAGGACAUUUUCCUGCUGCCUAUGUGGAGGAGCUGCCUUCAGAUACUGGGAACAUGGCAUAAAAGACAUAAAAUGAGACUGAACACACCACCUUAGACACUCUGUAACCAUAAAAUGUGGUGCAAAUAAAGAUAAAAUGAUGUUA